AUGGUGAAAAUCAAGGAGUUUGCAGUCGAACAAUGGAUGGAUCUCUAUGAGAACGAUGCUAAACAUAACCUUGCUGAAACAUGCUGCGCAUCAAUCUCGCUAGACGACCUUGAAGUCUUGUCGGGGCAGCAAACGGAUAUUGUGAAUCAUUCUCAGAAACAGGUCUAUGGAGCUAUACGCGGCUCGAGCGCCCUCAGAACAAACAUUGCAAAACUUUACUCUAUGAAUGGGUGUAAAGAUGUAUCUGAGAAUAACGUCUUGGUUACAAAUGGUGCUAUUCAGGCGAAUUUCCUUGCGCUAUAUACAAACAUUGGACCUGGUGACCAUGUCAUCUGCCACUAUCCAACAUACCAACAGCUAUACUCGGUUCCCGAGUCCCUGGGUGCGGAGGUCAGUCUAUGGAAAACAUCCGCGGAGACAGGUUGGCAGCUAGACUUGACAGAGCUCAAGUCGUUGAUCAAACCCGAUACAAAACUCAUCAUUCUUAACAACCCUCAAAAUCCCACUGGUGCCGUCCUUGGUCGCAAGUUUCUCCAAGGGGUCGUUGAUAUAGCACGGAGUUAUAAUAUCAUUAUUCACUCAGACGAGGUGUAUCGACCUCUUUUCCAUUCGCUUGACCCUAGCAGUCCCGAAAGUCCUCCUUCCAUAUUGGAUUUCCAAUACGAGAAAGUGAUAUCAACAGGUUCAAUGUCCAAGGCAUUCAGUUUAGCCGGCAUCCGACUUGGCUGGAUUGCUUCCAGGGACCUCGAGAUUAUUGAGGCCUGUGCGGCCACUCGGCAUUAUACACUCAUCUCGGUAGGCCAGAUUGAUGACAACAUUGCUACGCAUGCGCUAUCUAGUCCAUGUGUAGGAAAUUUGCUGAGUCGGAAUGUUCAGCUGGCGAAGCAGAAUCUCGAAGAUCUCCAAGCUUUUAUUGAGGAAUUCAAGUGGACUGCAUCCUGGGUUAAGCCACAGGCCGGAACCACUGCUUUCGUCAAGUUUAUGAAGAACGGACAACCAAUUGACGAGAUAAUUUUCUGUCAAAAAUUGCAGGAAAAGUCCGGUGUGAUGUUUGUGCCGGGAAGUCAAUGUUUCGGGGAAGGAGAGGACUUCAAGGGAUUCGUGCGUAUUGGAUAUGUUCCUGAGCGUCAAGUCAUGGUGGGUGGACUGAAAGCUCUCAGGGAGUUUAUGUAUGCCGGGUAUGAUGGAAUUCCUGUUAUCCAAUAA